AUUUUUUCGUGCAACAAUUCAUCUUCGUCCGUCCGUCUACCGGGUCUGCGACGCUCGCUCCCUCCUUCUGCUCCGCCAAUCACGCCCUGCGACCAUCUCCCACACGCUUUCUCCAUCCUUGCGCCCACAUCUACUCCUCCCCUUCCCUGCGAUAACCCCUAAGCUCCCCGUCCUCACUUCCUGCGGCCGCGUACACCACCGCGCUCUCCAUCCCUGCAGUCACUAGCUCGGCCACGUACGCCACCGCUCCCCGUCCGCGCUCCCUGCGGCCGCAUAUGCCGCCGUUCCCCGUCCCCGCACCCAUGUCACUGCAACACCAUCCCCAUCGCUCCUCGCCCAGGUCCAAAUCCCAUGGCCUUCCUUUGUUGCGAAUCCCGGUGGAACUAAGCGGCUGCAGCUGAGGACGCACAUAGCAAAGGGGAAGCGACACUUAGGCUAUGAUGACGCGGCAGAAGCAGCGCCAGUGAUGGAGCCUCCGUUGCAUGAGAUUCUGGCCUGCAAGCCCGAACCACAUCUACAGGCCUCCGACAGAACCAUAGGGCCUGCUCAGCAUCGAGCCUCUGCCUGCUCGACAGGAGCUUUAGGGGUGGCUAGCAGCGAGGAGAGCCACAUCCCGUCGAGCAGAAGCCACAUCCCGGAGGAGUCCUCACACAUCAGGCAGCUUGCCCUCACGAUUUGCAACUGCUCCGAGGACAGGUCCUUCAUCGUCCGUCCAUUCGUAAGCGAGGCCAUGUGCCGGAGUAGCCCCCACCCACGCCGGAGGGAGGGAGGUCGGGGCGCGCCUGGAGAUGCACAAGGAGCCGCCUGCCGCGCCAGAGGGAGCGAGGCUGCAGGGCGGAGCCGCUCCGGCCUGCGUCCGUCGUGUGGCUUGCGUCCCGGGAGGCCACAACGCGCUGGAGGGAGGGAGGUCGCCGAGCGACGCACGCCGGAGGGAGGAGAGGAGAGGACCGGGGCGGAGCAGAGCACGCCGGAGGGAGGGAUGGAGGCCGGGGAAGGAGGGGACCGGGGUGGAGCAGUGCACGCUGGAGGGAGGGAGGCCACUUGAGGGCAGCGCCGAUGGGAGAACUCGCGGACGAAGACGAGAGAUCGAAACAGUACGUGUGUAACCAGUGGCAAGGUGGGUAAUUUUUGUGACCAAAAGCAGAUGAAAGUAGGGGUGGAGGUGCUGUGAAAUUUGUACUACGUAAAAGCUGCUUUUGACUUUGACUUUAGAUGAAAGCUAACUCCUUUGGUUGGCUUUUGGCUUUUGAGGGGCAAAAGCCACAGCCAAAAGCCCAACCAGAGGGACCCUUAGUAACACGGGAA